AAACAACGUUAAAACAUUCACCCAGGCAUAAUUCAAGGCACCUAUAACGGCUGACAGGGGUCUUGCCUCCUGAACAGUAUGGCUGCCUUCAGUAGAGGCAGACACAGGAUUAAAGCUUUCAGGACAUUAAUAUUUACAAGACCUUUUACAGCCAGGAAAUUUGAUUAUGAUCUGGUGGUUUUUGGUGGAGGCUCUGGAGGGUUGGCAUGUUCAAAAGAAGCUGCCCAAUUAGGUCACAGAGUUGCUGUUUUGGACUAUGUUGAACCUUCACUCAAAGGCACAAAGUGGGGUCUUGGUGGGACGUGUGUGAAUGUCGGCUGUAUUCCAAAGAAGCUUAUGCACCAGGCGGCACUGCUUGGCACUGCUGUCAAAGAUGCUAGGAAGUAUGGCUGGCAAAUCCCAGAAUCCCUGUCACAUGACUGGCCAACGAUGGCUGAGGCUGUCCAGAACCAUGUGAGGUCUAUAAACUGGGGCCACAGAGUGCAACUACAAGACAAGAAGGUGAAAUAUUUGAAUAUGAAUGGCAGUCUGGUGGAUAAACACACUAUCAGAGCUGUAAAUGCCAAAGGGAAAGAGAUUACAUUGACCACCAAAAACAUUGUGUUAGCUACUGGUGGACGGCCGAAGUACCCUACACAUGUGCCAGGAGCUAUGGAGUUCGGGAUCACAAGUGAUGAUGUCUUCUGGCUCAGAGAGUCACCAAAAAAAACGUUGGUUGUUGGUGCCAGUUAUGUAGCACUGGAGUGUGCUGGCUUCCUUACAGGCAUUGGGCUGGACACCACUGUGAUGGUGCGUAGUAUCGCCCUCCGGGGGUUUGAUCAGCAAAUGUCUGGUUUAGUCACAGACUACAUGGAGGCAUAUGGGACCAAGUUUUCCUGGAGGUGUACCCCAAAAAGUGUGGAAAAGCUCCCAUCUGGCCUUCUCCAGGUCACAUGGAUGGAUCUAAAAUCCAAAGAGGAACAUAAAGACACCUUCAACUCAGUACUUUGGGCUGUAGGUACGUCACAAAUACAUACACAACAUAAUUUAAUUUAUCAGGCACUUUUCUUGAGAGGAAUUCCACAAAAUUACAUUUUAGCAGCCCCAUCCCUCCUCCUGUCUUUCACCCCCAGCGGAGCUCUUCCACCCUUCCGCUCCUCCAUCCUUCCUCUGGGCUGCGCCCCUCUGCAGGUGGCUGUGCUAAACGCCAGGAAAGAGAACAUUUCCUCCAUAUUUUAG